AGCUUUCAGUCAACGUGUGACAGCCUUGCCAAGCCGAAUAAAGCUGGAUGCCGAGCAUCAUCGAGACAGCCGUUCCAUUCAGAGUCUUAAAGCUAAUGACAACUCGUUGCUGCUAGUCCUCGUUGAUCGCUCGUUGCAAAGCUCUUUCUGCUUGGCAAUUUCUCACGAUAAAACAUCGAACGACCAUUAGCGUCCCACCACCAUUUCUGCCUUAUUCGAUAUAUCUUUCGAAAAGAAACAGACGAAAUCACCUCGCCGAAAAUGGACUUUCUUGAUGAACUCAAUGGAUUUUUUAGGCGGAUUCAAUUGGACGUCGAAGGACGUCGACGAGAAGACCGGGCUUUGAACAGCUUUAGCGUGUUAUCGGCUCCAAAACCGAGUAAAAAUAUUCUGGUCAUCGACAAAGUCUAUUUCUACGCCAAGAACAACGCCAUCGAGCACCAUACUGUCCGCUACGAGUUAGUGCACCGGCAGCCCGAGACGGCCGUCUUUCGCCGUGGCCAACCAUUCACUUUCAUCAUCCGCUUCGCCGACGGCAAGUCUUUCAGUCCCGGCAAAGAUAUUCUCAGGCUUCACUUCAACUUGGGUCCGAAUCCCAGCAUUAUAAAACACACGCAGGGUAUCCUCAACGUCCAAGGCGACGAAGAGGAAUUCACUAAAGAAAGUGACCAGUGGGACAUUCGCGUCGUGGGCAAAACCGCAGACACCAUUACUAUGCAGGUCCAAAUUCCAGUGGACGCCCCAAUCGGCAUAUGGAAAUUGGAGGUCUACACCGGAGAGGCUGGCGACGCAGCCGAGAGACUCCGACUUUACAACUGCCCCAACGAUAUCUACGUCCUUUUCAAUCCUUGGUGUGAAGAUGACACCGUUUACAUGGAAGGCGAACAAGACGGUCGCAGUAAGGCGAGCAAUCUGCUGGACGAGUACGUUUUAGCCGACGUCGGCAAGAUUUGGAUGGGCGCCUACGGUUCGGCCAGGGGACGCGAGUGGGUUUUCGGUCAAUACGACGACGCAACGCUGCCCGUCUGCAUGUACUUGCUGGAAGCAUGCAAAAUACCUCAUUUCGAACGAGCUAAUCCUGUCGUCGUUUCGCGCGCCCUCACUAAAAUGGUCAAUCAAGCGGACGGCGAUAAUGGAAUCUUGCACGGCAGAUGGGACGGCAAAUACGAAGACGGCACAGCUCCAUCUGCCUGGACGGGCAGUGUGAAAAUCAUUGAAGAUUAUCUUAUGACCAAGAUGCCUGUCAAAUACGGCCAGUGCUGGGUGUUUGCCGGCGUCCUUACCACAGUUUGCCGCGCUCUUGGUCUACCCGCCCGGCCAGUUUCUAAUCUCGUCUCGGCUCACGACACGAACGGAACCUUCACGAUUGAUCGCUUCUUCGACGAGAAGGGCAACGCCAUGGACAUUGAUCCUUUCAACCCCGGCGGUGAAACUGAUUCCAUCUGGAACUUCCACGUUUGGGUAGAGGCGUGGAUGGCCAGACCGGACCUACCUAAAGGUUACGGUGGCUGGCAGGCCAUUGAUGCUACGCCCCAGGAACGUUCGGCCGGGUUCUACCAGUGCGGUCCGGCGUCGGUAGAGGCCGUCCGCAAAGGACAAGUUGGAUUAGUUCACGAUGUCGCUUUCGUUCUGGCGUCCGUAAAUGCAGAUUGCAUAUCUUGGCGGGCGGACAAAAACUCGGAAAUCGGUUUCGUUCAGGCGAGCUGCGAUCGUUACAAAAUCGGCAAACAGAUCCUGACUAAGAAACCCUUCGUCUUCGACACGGUCGGUCAAUCGGACACGGAAGACAUCACCAACACGUACAAAUCAUCAGAGGGUUCGAAUGAGGAGCGCAUCAGCCUAUUAACUGCCGUCGGAUCGUCUGUUCGAGCCAAACGGUUUUUCCGCUACCCCGAGAGAUCGGGCGAGGAUGUUGUUUUCGACUUGAUCGAGCUGGAACGCAUCCCUAUCGGAGAAUCUUUCAGCGUCGUUGUCACUCUGCAGAACCGUUCGAAACAAGCGCGUACCAUUCACGCUACUCUGUCGGCAACCACCAAUUUUUACAACGGAGUGAAGGCGCACUUAGUCCGUCACGCUUCGGCAACUUACAUCUUGCAGCCGAUGGCCCGCGAAGAACUCAGGCUGCCCGUUUCCAGUAAAGAUUACAUGAGCAAACUGGUUGAGUACGGCAUCAUGAAGCUGCACGCGUCCGCCACCGUCAAGGAAACCAAUCAGACGUGGUUUGAAGAGGACGAUUUCCAAGUCAUCAUGCCCACCGUAGACAUAAAGGUGGACGGGGCGAAAAAAGUGGGUCAGCCGCUAGAGGUCACCUUCACUUUCGUCAACGGUCUCAAGAUGAAAUUGACGCAAUGUAAAAUGGUUUUCGAAGGGCCGGGAUUAACGCGAUCAGAUUUCAGAGAAUAUCCCGAUUUGGCGCCGGGAGAAACGCUAACCAUUUCGACCAAGUUGAUACCGAAAUUCGCCGGAGAGCACAGCCUGAUCGCCUGUUUCGAUUCCAAGGAGUUCACUGAAAUUACGGGCUCCGUCAAAGUUGUCAUUUCCAAAUAAAAACGAGUUGUCACAUGUUGUCAGGUGCAAGUCACUAAACGCUUCGCUUCGCUGAUAAAUUCACAAUGCCUAUUAUGCAACCUAUAUACGAAAGCUUACUCUUUUCAUUCACGCCCGCUCUAACUGACGCAUAUCCCACAACGUAUCCGAUCGGCCGAGCCUCCAUCGUGUAGUCGCUUGAAAUAAUGGAAUAAAUCACGCCGCACCCACCAAUUUCUGCCUGCGAUUUCCUUUUCGCGCUAAGCCCCCGGGAACGUUUUAGCCAGUGAAUAAUUGAACAAGAAGAAAUACUUAAUCCAUAUUUUCCUUUCUUAUUGUGUCCACAUUUAUUCGGUACGUACUGCACUUGAAAUACACAAUGUAUGUCAACUGCA